GGGCCCUUGCCGGGGCGGGGCUCGCGCCCGCGGCGGUCGCGACGUAGCCCCGCCCCCAGCGUUGGCGCGAGAUUCGAACGUCGGCGGCCGCGGUUCUGGCGUUCCCUGAGGCGCCGGGAGCCUGCGCCGGCGUCCUGCGGGCUUCGUCUCCUCAGCGGCCAUGAGGCGGACAGGUCCCGAGGAGGAGGCCUGCGGCGUGUGGCUGGACGCGGCGGCGCUGAAGAGGCGGAAAGUGCAGACACAUUUAAUCAAACCAGGCACCAAAAUGCUAACACUCCUUCCUGGAGAAAGAAAGGCUAAUAUUUAUUUUACUCAAAGAAGAGCUCCAUCUGCAGGCAUUCACCAGAGAAGCAUUGCUUCCUUCUUCACCUUGCAGCCAGGAAAGACAAAUGGCAGUGACCAGAAGAGUGUUUCAUCUCAUACAGAAAGUCAGAUCAACAAAGAGUCCAAGAAAAAUGCGACCCAGCUAGCACACAAUUGCAUGGCAUCCCCUUUAGCCACUUCAACCACUGCAGACAUCCAGGAAGCUGGACUCUCUCCUCAGUUCCUCCAGACUUCUGGCCACCACAGAAUGAAAACCUCAUUUUCAACUGAGCUAUCUGAUACUCUAGACUGUGCUGGAGAGAGUAAUACCCCACUGGCUUUUUCCUUCACCGAGGAUUUGGAAAGUUCUUGUUUGCUAGACCAAAAGGAAGAAAAAGGGGAUUCUGCCAGGAAAUGGGAAUGGCUUCAUGGGUCUAAGAAGAACUAUCAGAGUAUGGAGAAACACACCAAACUACCUGGAGACAAAUGCUGUCAGCCCUUAGACAAGACUAAAUUGGAAAGAACGGUGUCUGCCAAAGAAAACAGGCAGGCCCCUGUCCUCCUUCAAACAUACAGGGAAUCCUGGAAUGGAGAAAACAUAGAAUCAGUAAAACAAAGCCCUAGUCCAUUUUCUGUGUUUUCCUGGGACAAUGAAAAGAAUGACAAGGACUCCUGGAGUCAACUUUUCACUGAAGAUUCUCAAGGCCAGCAGGUCAUUGCCCACAACACCAGAGCUCCUUUUCAAGAUGUAACCAAUAACUGGAAUUGGGACUUAGGGCCGUUUCCUAGCAGUCCUUGGGAGUGCCAGGAUGGGCCAACUCAAAAUCUGAAGGCUGAUUUGCUCUUUACCCAGGACUCUGAAGUCCAAGCUCUAGCUUGUCAGCAAGACUGUUGCAGAAGAUCUAUCCUUAAGAGGCAGAAACAUCUGCGGUGAGGAAGGCAGCUAUUGAAGGUAUUCCAGGAGCAUGAGACUGAGUUUGCAGAGCUGAGGGUUGUCAGUUUCCUUUUCUACUGAUAUCUUCUUCCUUUAGAGCAAACUUCCUCCGUAGGACCUCAGAGAUAAGCACAGCAGGGUCUUCCUCCUUCAAUAAACUCCGGUUCCUAGAGACACAAUAAUAGCUUGAGUACUUAGUGCUGUAUAUCUUUGAAUACAUUAUCUCAAUGAAUCCUCACAACAAGUUAUCUGAUACAUCAUAUAAGAGGGUCCUAGAUACCUGGAAAAUAGUUGCUUGAAAUCCUAGUGAACUUAUAUAUUCAUCAUGAAGGUGUUUUACUGGUGAUUAAGCUAAAUAUAAGAGCCAAGACUGACUAUUCAACUGUUGUGGGAAGUCAGGGACCCCAAACGGAGGGACCGGCUGAAGCCAUGGCAGAAGAACGUGGAUUGUGAAGAUUUUAUGGACAUUUAUUGGUUCCUCAAAUUAAUACUUUUGUAAUUUUUUUUUUUUUUUUUUGAGACAGAGUCUUGCUCUGUCCCCCAGGCUGGAGUGCAGUGGCGCAAUAUCGGCUCACUGCAAGCUCUGCCUCCCGGGUUCACGCCAUUCUCCUGCCUCAGCCUCCCAAGUAGCUGGGACUACAGGCGCCUGCCAACACGCCUGGCUAAUUUUUUGUAUUUUUAGUAGAGACGGGGUUUCACCGUGUUAGCCAGGAUGGUCUCGAUCUCCUGACCUCGUGAUCCGCCCGCCUCGGCCUCCCAAAGUGCUGGGAUUACAGGCUUGAGCCACUGCGCCCGGCGUACUUUUGUAAUUUCUUAUGCCUGUCUUUACUGCAAUCUCUAAACAUAAAUUGUAAAGAUUUCAUGGACACUUAUCACUUCCCCAGUCAAUACCCUUGUGAUUUCCUAUGCCUGUCUUUAAUCUCUUAAUCCUGUCAGCCAAGGAGGAUGUAUAUCGUCUCAGGACCCUGUAAUAAUUGUGUUAACUACACAAAUUGUAUAGCAUAUGUGUUUGAGCAAUAUGAAAUGUGGGCAUCCUGAAAAAAGAACAGGAUAACAGCAAUUGUUCAGGGAAUAAGAGAGAUAACCUUAAACUCUGACCGCUGGUGAGCCGGGCAGAAGAGAGCCAUAUUUCUCUUCUUUCAAAAGCAAAUGGGAGAAAUAUCGCUGAAUUCCUUUUCUGAGCAUGGAAUGUCCCUGAGAAAGAGAAUGCACACCUAGGGGUAGGUCUCUGAACUGGCCCCCCUGGGGCGUACCUGUCUCUUAUGGUCGAGAUUGCAGAGGUGAAAUAAACUCCAGUCUCCCAUAGCACCCCCAGGCUUAUUAGGAAGAGGAAAUUCCCACCUAAUAAAUUUUGGUCAGACCAGUUGAUCUCAAAACCCUGUCUCCUGAUAAGAUGUUAUCAAUGACAGUGGUGCCCAAAACUUCAUUAGCAAUUUUAAUUUUGCUUCUGUCCUGUAGUCCUGUGAUCUCACCCUGCUUCCACUUGCCUUGUGAUAUUCUAUUACCCUGUUAAGUACUUGAUGUCUGUCACCCACACCUAUUCGCACACUCCCUCCCCUUUUGAAAAUGCCUAAUAAAAACUUGCUGGGUUUUGUGGCUUGUGGGGCAUCACGGAUCCUACCAAUGUGUGAUAUCUCCCCCGGACGCCUAGCUUUAAAAUUUCUCUCUUUUGUACUCUGUCCCUUUAUUUCUCAAGCCAGUAGACGCUUAGGAAAAUAGAAAAGAACCUACGUGAUUAUCGGGGCAGGUCCCCCGAUAUUAAACCUUCAAAGCAAAGACAAGAGGAACUGUGUUUGGUUGGUGACGUAUCUGAACCUUUGCUGACUGGGGUACUUUCCCAUUCUUAUUCACUGACCCAGCUCCUUCUGAUCUGAGGACACAAGUGGGAGGAGGGGGCUAGCAAUAAGGGUCUUGAAUCUAAUUUGGUCCAAAAGGCAAGUAAGAGAAAGUUUGAGAGUCAACCUAUAAAACAUUGUGUUCAGAAGAAAACAGCUCAGAGAAGACCAAAAGCAGCAGCAACUGAAUUUGGGAAUGUGGAAGACCAAAGAGAUAUGGGUGAGUAUGACCAACCUGACUAGGGCCAGUGAAGGAAGGUUAAGAGUGACUUCCCUAAAUGGGUCAACUGCCAGGAAGCAAUGAGGGAGUCACUUAGCCUGGUCUACUUUUCAGAGGGAAAUGGAUCCCAGGAAACAAAAAGGGAUCCAGGGCAAGUAACUUUCCCUUUAACAGGACCUUUAUCAACUCAAGAGAAGACCUCACUUCCCUGUCCCCAAAACAGUUUUUCAUCUGCAUUAACAGAGCUGCACAAGCUGGGUGCUGGCCAUCAAGGUCUGGCUCUCAAAUGCCCAGGAACCUGCAUUCAAACCAAGCUCCUCUGGUAAGUCCUGUGCAGCUGUUGAAACCGCAACCUACAACUGGAGAAACACUAUGCAAUGGGGUGACUCCCUGAGGCUUCUUUGCCAGAUGAAGUUUUUCAAGGUGCUGGGACUGCAGACGGAGUCUCGCUCACUCGGUGCUCGGUGUUGCCUGGGCUGGAGUGCGGUGGCGUGGUCUUGGCUCACUGCAGCCUCCGCCUCCCAGCCGCCUGCCUUGGCCUCCCAGGGUGCUGGGAUUGCAGCCUCUGCCCGGCUGCUGCCCCGUCUGGGAGGUGGGGAGCGUCUCUGCCUGGCCGCCUAUCGUCUGGGAUGUGAGGAGCGCCUCAGCCCGGCCGCCACCCCGUCUGGGAAGUGAGGAGCGCCUCGGCCCGGCCGCCCGUCGUCUGGGAUGUGAGGAGCGCCUCUGCCCGGCCGCCCAUCGUCUGGGAUGUGAGGAGCACCUUGGCCCGGCCGCCCGUCGUCUGGGAUGUGAGGAGCGCCUCGGCCUGGCCGCCCGUCCGUCGUCUGGGAUGUGAGGAGCGCCUCUGCCCGGCCGCCCCGUCUGGGAUGUGAGGAGCGCCUCUGCCCGGCCGCCCGUCGUCUGAGAAGUGAGGAGCGCCUCUGCCGGGCCGCCCGUCGUCUGAGAAGUGAGGAGCGCCUCUGCCCGGCCGCCACCCCGUCUGGGAAGUGAGCGCCUCUGCCCGGCCGCCCCGUCUGGGAAGUGAGGAGUGCCUCUGCCCGGCCGCCCCAUCUGGGAAGAAGUGAGGAGCGCCUCUGCCCGGUCGCCCAUCAUCUGGGAAGAAGUGAGGAGCGCCUCUGCCCGGCCGCCCAUCAUCUGGGAUGUGAGGAGCACCUCUGCCCGGCCGCCCAUCAUCUGGGAAGAAGUGAGGAGUGCCUCUGCCUGGCCGCCUCGUCUGGGAUGUGAGGAGCGCCUCUGCCCGGCCGCCCCGUCUGGGAAGAAGGGAGGAGCGGCUUUGCCCGGCCACCACCCCAUCUGGGAAGAAGUGAGGAGCGCCUCUGCCCAGCCACCACCCCGUCUGGGAAGAAGUGAGGAGCGCCUCUGCCCGGCCACCACCCCAUCUGGGAAGAAGUGAGGAGUGCCUCUGCCUGGCCGCCACCCCGUCUGGGAAGUGAGGAGCACCUCUGCCCGGCCGCCCAUUGUCUGGGAAGCGACGAGCGCCUCUGCCCGGCUGCCCAUCGUCUGGGAUGUGAGGAGCGCCUCUGCCCGGCCGCCCCGUCUGGGAUGUGAGGAGCGCCUCUGCCCGGCCGCCCCAUUUGGGAUGUGAGGAGCGCCUCUGCCCGGCCGCCACCCCGUCUGGGAAGUGAGCGCCUCUGCCCGGCCGCCCCGUCUGGGAAGUGAGGAGUGCCUCUGCCCGGCCGCCCCAUCUGGGAAGAAGUGAGGAGCGCCUCUGCCUGGUCGCCCAUCAUCUGGGACGUGAGGAGCGCCUCUGCCCGGCCGCCUCGUCUGGGAAGAAGUGAGCGCCUCUGCCCAGCCACCCCGUCUGGGAUGUGAGGAGUGCCUCUGCCCGGCCGCCCCAUCUGGGAAGAAGUGAGGAGCGCCUCUGCCCAGCCCCCCCGUCUGGGAAGAAGUGAGGAGCGCCUCUGCCCGGCCGCCCAUCAUCUGGGAUGUGAGGAGCACCUCUGCCCGGCCGCCCCAUCUGGGAAGAAGAGAGGAGCGCCUCUGCCUGGUCGCCCAUCAUCUGGGAAGUGAGGAGCGCCUCUGCCCGGCCGCCUCGUCUGGGAAGAAGUGAGCACCUCUGCCCGGCCGCCUCAUCUGGGAUGUGAGGAGCGCCUCUGCCCGGCCGCCACCCCGUCUGGGAAGAAGUGAGGAGUGCCUCUGCCCAGCCACCACCCCGUCUGGGAAGAAGUGAGCACCUCUGCCCGGCCGCCUCAUCUGGGAUGUGAGGAGCACCUCUGCCCGGCCACCACCCCAUCUGGGAAGAAGUGAGGAGCGCCUCUGCCCGGCCACCACCCCGUCUGGGAAGAAGUGAGGAGCGCCUCUGCCCGGCCACCACCCCGUCUGGGAAGAAGUGAGGAGCGCCUCUGCCCGGCUGCCCCAUCUGGGAAGAAGUGAGGAGCACCUGUGCCCGGCCGCCCAUCAUCUGGGAUGUGAGGAGCACCUCUGCCCGGCCGCCCCGUCUGGGAAGAAGUGAGGAGUGCCUCUGCCCGGCCACUACCCCGUCUGGGAAGAAGUGAGGAGCGGCUCUGCCGGGCCACCACCCCGUCUGGGAAGAAGUGAGGAGCGCCUCUGCCCGGCCACCACCCUGUCUGGGAAGAAGUGAGGAGCGCCUCUGCCCGGCCACCACCCCGUCUGGGAAGAAGUGAGGAGUGCCUCUGCCUGGCUGCCCGUCGUCUGGGAUGUGAGGAGCGCCUCUGCCCAGCGGCCCCAUCUGGGAGGUCUACCACGGAGGCCAGAAGCAAUGUGGGGGCUGGACGUGGUGGCUCACGCCUGUAGUCCCAGCACUCUGGGAGGCCGAGACGGGGUGAUCACUUGAGGCUAGGAGUUCGAGACCAGCCUGGCCAACAUGGUGAAACAUAUGAAAAAUACAACAGACAAACCAACCAACCAACCCAGCGACAACAAAACAGGUCUACCCUGGAGUCAUACGCUAAUUUUUUCUAUUUUCCUCCCUUUCUGAUCCUUUAUCCCACUUUCUUUUUCUUCCUCUUCCUUCUUCUUCUUUGUCAAAUAGAGGAUUGAGUUAUUAUCAUUGAUCCAUACAAAGUCCCUCUCUCAUUUAUUUUCUUUAAUUAAUUCCCACCCCCCAUUUCUAUUCCCCGUCUUCCCAUGUGCAACCUUCCUAAUAUAUUUGAUAUGCAUCUU